GAGCCAGGAAGAUACCAAGUGGUUGUCUCAUGGCUCAAGCCAGGCCAGAACCCUUUAUAUAAAGGCAGCCUUCUGCCAACACUCCUUAGCCUGAAUGCCUACGUGCCUAUGAGAAAGAUCCCACUCACCUGCCUGCAUCAGGACCAUGUGCGACCAGCAGCAGAUUCAAUGUUGCCUGCCACUCCCCCAGUGCUGCGUCAAGGGUUCCUCUUUCUAUGCCAACGGCCAGUCCCCCUAUGCCAACAGCCAGAUGGUGAUCCAAGCCCCUUGUGAGAUGCAAAUUGUGGAGUGCCCCACGCUAUGCCCAGUUCAAGUUUCCCAGGCUCCAUCCCAGGCUAAGACUACUGAAGUGAAAUGCCAGGCUCCCUGCAAGUCUAAGACCACCCAGGUGAAGAGCCAAGCUCCCUGCAAGUCUAAGACCACCCAGGUGAAGGGCCAGGCUCCAGUUGCCUGUGUUCAGUGCCAGGCUCCUUGCCAAUCGGAGGUGUCCUAUGUGCAAUGUGAAGUCCCACACCCUAUUCAGACUUGCUAUGUAGAAUGUGCUCCAGUUUGUUAUACAGAAACACGUUACGUGGAGUGCCCAGUCCAGACCUAUGUACCCUAUGCAGCACCUCAGCCCGUCCACACGUAUGUAGAAUGUCCCCCAGUGCACCAGGCUCAGGGAAGAUUCUCCACCCAGGCCCAGUAUCGGGGAUCAUACAGCAGCUGUGCCCCUCAACGCCAGCCCCAGGCUUCCUACAGCAGCUGCAUCCCCCAGCGCCAGUCCCAGGCUUCCUAUGGCAGCUGCAUUCCCCAGCGCCAGUCCCAGGCUUCCUAUGGUAGCUGCAGCCCCCAGCGCCAGUCCCAGGCUUCCUAUGGCAGCUGCGCUCCCCAAAGACAGUCAAGGCCUUCGUUUAGCUCCUUUGAACCCCAGUGUCAGAACCAGGGCUACUAUGGCAGCUUCACUGGGCAGCGCCGAUCUCAGAGUGCCAGCAGGUGCCUCCCUCCUCGCCGGCUGCAGCCUUCUCCUCGGAGCUGUUCCCCACCACGCCGCUCUGGGCCCUGUUACAGCAGCUGCCUGCCAUCAAGAUGCUCGUCCGGCUCCUACAACUACUGCACCCCACCCCGCCGCUCUGAACCCAUCUACGGCAGCCGCUGUCCUCGCGGCCCUCCUCCCAGCUGCUCUCAGAGACGCGGACCCAAGUGCCGCAUAGAGAUUUCCUCGCCCUGCUGCCCCAGGCAGGUUCCCCCACAGAGGUGCCCUGUGCGGAUUCCCCCCAUCAGAGGCUGCUCCCAGAGCUGUGCCCCCCAGUCCUCCUGGGGUGCCUCCUGUCCGGAGCUGAGGCCACGUGUAGAGCCGCGUCCACUGCCAAGCGCCUGUCCUCCACGCCGUCUUGAGCAGUGUCCGGAGCCCUCACGUCAGCGAUGCCCACGUCCUGCCCCACGUCAGUGUCCACGUCCAGAACCCCUCCCACGUCCUCCAGCACGGCAGUGUUCAGAGCCUUGUUUGUAUCCAGAGCCACGUCCAACGCCACGCCCUCAUCCAGUGCGGUGUGAGAGUCCGGAGCCACGCCCUCAUCCAGGGCGGUGUGAGAGUCCGGAGCCACGCCCAUAUCCACAGCCCUGUGAACGCCUAGAGCCUUGUGCGUUUCCAGAGCCCAUCCCCCUUCCAGCGCCUUGCUCAAGCUCAGAGCCAUGUGGAGAGCCUCCACGCUGCCCCAGCCCCUGUUCAUUCCCAAAUCCAAGCUCAUGCCCACAAGACCUAGGCUGCAAUGAGUCCGAUCCAUGCCGCCUAGACACCGAGGCUCCCGGCUGUGGCCCGUCGAGUUACCACCAAGGGCAAGAGAGUGGUGCUGGCUGUGGAGCUGCUGAGCUGUUUCCAGAGCCUUGGGGUCCGGGGGGUUGUGGAGACCAGGGAAACGCCCCUACUGGAGUGAAAGGUGGGACUUGUGUCGGAGCGAAAGGUGCCUAUUUUUAAGGGACAUGUGGCUGAGUGUCCCCUGCCUCUUGGUCUGAAAAUACUGCUGCUACUCUUCAAACAGCCGUAGUUUCCAGCAUACUCUUGUUUGCUUCUCUCCGAAGACACUCAGGGGCUCCCUGCUAGCCUGUCCCACUCCUCUGCAUAUCAUCUCAGUACCUGGUGUGGCUCUCCCAAGUCUCUCCAGUGGCACACCUGACGCCUGCCCUGCACACAUCCUCAGUCUAGCUAGAGCAGUCUGGCCAUGAGGACACAUCUCGGGUGUUCCCAGGACAUUCCUUGGGAAUCUGUGCCUCCAAGCUUCUGCCCAUGCGUCUCUCCUCUGCCUGGACCGCUAAAUACAACCCAACGUCAAGGCCUCCUCCUGGGAGCCCUCCUUGCUUGCUCCCCUCCCCUGCCUUAGGAGCCUUUGCUGACUUUCUAGAACUCACUGUAUCACCCACAACAUCCAUUUAGCGACUGCUUUACAACUCUUGGGUUUUUAUGUCACUUGGCAGGGGUGUCUCCAUUAUUGAUACAGCUAGAUGAAAAACUCCCAUCCUAGUGGGGUCAGAAAUCCCUAAAUUUCUGAGUCUCUCCUGGAACAAGUAGUUGCUUACCUGAGCUGUGGGUUGGCAAGUUGAGCCAUGUUUUGUCCUGGUGGACACCAUAGGGAGUGAGGCAAGAGGAGGCCUUGCAACAAUAAAGAUGAUGUUAUAUGCACAGUC